AUGACGACGUCGACCAAGAUUCUUGGCCCUCCAUCAGUCGCCGGAGUGGCGGUGUCCGGCGAUAAACCCCAAACAACAGUUACUGUUCCAUCCCCACAAACUUCAAUCGAACCCCUCAUCGUCAAGAGCCAGACCCUGGGAUUGACGGAUGAUCCGCCGAUGGGCCUGUCGGAGCAAGGCUCCGCCACCUACCUCUCCUCCGGCAACCCCUGCCUCGACUUCUUCUUCCACAUCGUCCCCAGCACCCCCGCCGACAAAUUAGCCGACCGGCUCAAUCUGGCCUGGGCACGAUCCUCUCACCGCGCUCAAGCUUAUCUGCAAUCUUCGAGGGGUGCGAGGGCUAUUGCUGAGUUCGGCUAUUUCAAGGAUUUCGUCGAGAUUCUGUACCGGAUCCUCGAAGGCCUCGAUGUGAGGAAGAAAGCCGAGUUGGAGAGGCGAGAGGAGCGAGCAGCCAGGGUGAUGGCCAAGAGGAUGAGGAGAUACGCACACAUGUAUCGCCACGACGAGAACGAUGAGAAUUCCGAGGCUGGAGAAGAGCCGGAGGAUGAAGAGGCUGGGGUUGGAAUUACCCAGAAGGCCAAGAACUCGAAGAAAUCCGUCGAGGCCUCUGCCACUGCCAAGCCGAUCGACAAGGAAACGGCGAGGGCGAUGCGCAAGGAGCGAGAGGCUGCCAAAGCGGCCAAGGCGCUGAACCGGUACAAUUCCGAUUCCAAUUACAGGCUUCUCUUCGAUUCAAUUGCAGAUCUGCUGAAAUCCGACAUCGAGGCUCUUAAACCCAAGGAUUACUCGAGGAUCACUCUGGCGGCCAAGUGGUGCCCUUCGAUCGACUCCUCCUACGACAAAUCCUUGCUGAUAUGCGAGGCGAUUGCUCGCCGGAUCUUCCCCAAGAAGAGCGAGAAGGAGUACGAAUCCAUGGAGGAAUCCCACUACGCUUACCGCGUCCGAGACAGGCUUCGGAAGGAAAUCCUCGUCCCUCUCCGCAAACCGCUUCAAAUCCCAGAAGUUUACAUGAGCGCAAGAGAGUGGAAUUCCCUCCCUUACGGCCGCGUCCCGUCGGUGGCGAUGAAGAACUACAAGGAACUGUUCGUCAAGCACGACAAGGAGCGGUUCGAGGAGUACCUGGAGAAGGUGAAGACCGGGAAGGCGAAGAUCGCAGCAGGGGCGCUGCUACCGCACGAGAUCAUCGCCCAGCUCAACGACAGCGACGGUGGGGCGGUGGCGGAGCUUCAGUGGGCGAGGGUGGUGGAGGACAUGAAAAAGCAAGGGAAGCUGAGCAACUGCAUUGCUGUUUGUGACGUGUCUGGCAGCAUGGACGGGACGCCAAUGGAGGUGUGCGUUGCGCUCGGGCUGCUGGUUUCGGAACUGAGCGAGGAGCCGUGGAAAGGGAAGGUGAUCACGUUCAGUGAGGAUCCGGAGAUGCAUUUGGUGGAGGGGGAGACGCUCAAGGAGAAGACCGAUUUCAUCCGGAGGAUGGAUUGGGGAGGCAGCACCAAUUUCUACAAGGUGUUCGACAAAAUGCUCGACACGGCGGUUUCGAACAAUUUGAGGGAGGAUCAGUUGGUAAAGAGGGUGUUCGUGUUCAGUGACAUGGAAUUCAAGGAGGCUUAUGAGGAGCCUUACUCCUACCCCCAGCACCACUACUACGGAGGAUCUGACGAUGACGAUAAUGACUAUGACUAUGACUAUGACGAUGACGAGAACGAGAACGAGAACGAGGAGGAGGAGGAGGAAAAGGAAGUGGCUGAGGAGGCGAAGGCGGAGAACAGGAGCUGGGAAACGGAUUAUCAGGCGAUACAGAAGAAGUUUGGGGAGAAAGGGUACAACAGGGUACCGGAGAUUGUGUUCUGGAACCUGAGGGACUCGUCGGCGACGCCGGUGGUGGGAACGCAGAAUGGGGUGGCGCUGGUGAGUGGGUUCUCGAAGAAUUUUCUGACUAUGUUCAUGGAUGGAGAUGGGAUUGUGAAUCCAGAGGGUGUGAUGGCGUUGGCCAUUGCUGGGGAGGAGUAUAAGAAGCUUGUGGUGUUCGACUGA